AUGUCAAAGCUCAUCGACCCCAUCGCCUCAGUCGAGGACGACACAAAAUCGCCGGUCAGCGUACCCUCGUCUCCCAAGGACAGCCCGCGCACGCCGAUUGUUGCCCUCAAGCACAAGCAUGAGGACAAGCCUCUGAGCAGAUCCUCUAGCCUCCUCGACAUGCUCCACCUCAAGGACGUGCACAUUCCCACCCCUCCAGCUGUCAAAUUCGCACCGCUCAAUGUGCCCCGGCACCGGCGACUGCAGACGGCUGUAGUCGCGACCUGGGCAUUCAUGAUCCCCAUCUGCCUGACGGUGUUCUACGGGAGUUUGAUCUUCUCCAAGUGGCUGCGACCCCUCGCAGUUGCGUACGCCAUCUGGUUCGUCCUGUUUGACCGCGCGUGGGUCCACCGCGGUGGACGGAGGCAGGAGUGGAUCCGCCGCUCCGCGUUCUGGAAGAACUUUGCUGCCUACUAUCCCAUCACAACGGUCAAGGAGGCCGAUCUCCCUGCAGACGGCAAAUACGUCUUCGGGUACCACCCUCACGGCAUCAUCAGCAUGGGUGCUGCGUGCACGUUUGCAACCGAAUCGACGGGCUUCUCGGAGUUGUUCCCCGGCGUCGUCUGCCAUCUCCUUACGCUUGACGCCAACUUCUGGAUCCCAUUCUACCGCGACAUCCUCAUGGGCAUGGGCCUCUCGUCCGUCAGCAAGCGCAGCUGCCGCUCGAUCCUCAAGAUGGGCCGCAGCAUCUGCAUUGUCAUCGGUGGCGCUUCCGAGUCACUCUACGCAUACCCUGGCACAAAUGACUUAACGCUCAAGAAGCGCCUUGGCUUCAUCAAGAUUGCGAUCCGCGAGGGCGCCAGCCUCGUGCCCGUGUACGGCUUUGGCGAGAACGACAUCUACGAGCUCCUGCCAAACGAGAAGGGCACAAUGACGUACCGUUUCCAGAAGUGGUUCCAGAGCACGUUUGGCUUCACGGUUCCCUUGUUCCACGGCCGCAGUGUGUUCACGUACAAUUACGGGCUGAUGCCCUACCGCCGGCCAGUGACAGUCGUCGUCGGCUCGCCCAUCGCCGUCAAGCAGAUUGACAAGCCGACCGACGAGGAGGUGCAAGCCGUGCACAAGGAGUACAUCGAGGCGCUGCAGGCCCUCUGGGACAAGUACAAGGACAAGUACGCCAAGGACCGCAAGAGCGAACUCAAGCUCGUCGACUAA